AUGAGCUACCCCAAUAUGGGUAUUUUUGAAGUGGACUUGGUGUUCCCACGCAAUGUUACCUAUACCCCCCAGGCGCUGAUGCCCAUCGUGUGGGCGCUGCAGAACCCAAGCAUGGCUCCCCCAUUAGCGAGCUACAUUACUUGGAACCUAUGGGAAGGCAACAACUAUAGCUCACCAGGCUCCCUCGACGGGGGGCUCAUUGAGCUGCUUGAGGAGGACCCAUCCAGUAAACGGCUGAUCUCGAGGUUCUUCAACACCAUUGACUACCCAGAUGGAUAUUGGAAUUUGACUUGGUCUCUGGAAAUCUCCAAUUGCUCUCGGUAUUCGGGCCCACCCCACACCCUCACGCGAAGUGGUUCUACCGUCUUUACGAUUAGUAAAUCGGGCCAGGAACCCGAUCUGGUGGCUGCCACUUCUGCCGGUCAAUGUGGCGCGAUGGAAGCAUAUGCCUUCAACGUGACAUCCUUCGGUUCUGCUUGUGGUCAUCUCGGCCAGACUCCAACCACCAAUCCGUGCGCCGUGAACAUCAGCUCAUCAGCCGCCUCCAGUCUAUACGCCUCGGCCACCGCCUGGGCCUGUGCACCCAAUACUCCCGUGAAUCCCAACGUGACCUGUCCGACCAUCACCAGCACGUCUUCUGCCAGCAAUCCGGCGAGUCGAUCGCGCAUGGCCACAGCACCGGCCUUGUUGAUGCUACUGGUCUGGGUAAUCAACCUCAUCUUGAUGGGGUAG